UGUCCAACUGACGUUUAAAACCUCGUGGUCUUUCUUUCUGUGUGGAGUUCUUGUAAACAAAAACGUGCAUUUUCAAAAUAUCAAUUAAAUUUAGGAUAUUUUGUUCGUUUAACUCCACAUUUUUUAUUAAAACUCUCUAAAAACAUGGGCUUCGGUGGCGGCGGUGGACGUGGUCGUGGAGGAGGCGGUGGAUUUGGCCGUGGUGGUGGCGGUGGACGUGGAGGAGGCGGUGGAUUUGGCCGUGGAGGUGGCGGUGGACGUGGAGGAGGUGGUGGUCGUGGCGGUUUUGGCGGUGGCCGUGAUCGCAACAACUUCAAUCAAGGACCACCUGAUCGUGUCAUCCCCCUUGGCCACUUCGCCUACAAGUGUGAAGAUGAUUUGGUGUGCAAGGUAGAAAUCGAUGAUGUGCCCUAUUUCAAUGCUCCCAUCUUUCUGGAAAACAAAGAGCAAAUUGGUAAAAUUGAUGAGAUCUUUGGCACAGUGAAAGACUAUUCGGUGUCGGUGAAAUUAUCGGAAAAUAUGAAUGCCAGCAGUUUUAAGCCAAACCAAAAGUUGUUCAUUGAUCCAUCGAAACUGUUGCCUAUUGCAAGAUUUUUACCCAAACCUCCACAGCCUAAGGGUGCCAAGAAGAAGGGUCCCGCUGGUGGUGUUGGUGGCGGACGCGGCGGUGGACGUGGAGGUUUUGGAGGACGUGGUGGCGGCGGUGGCCGUGGAGGUGGUUUCGGACGUGGUGGUGGUGGCGGCCGUGGAGGCGGUGGUGGCUUUGGUCGAGGUGGUGGUGGUGGAGGAGGCUUCGGCAGAGGCGGCGGUGGUGGUGGCCGUGGAGGCGGUGGCGGCCGUGGACGCUGGUAACACAGACUUUAAACUAAUUUUAAGUGACUACAUAUUUUUUGGUAGUUGUUAGUAGAACAGAAAUAGUUUU